CUGAGCCAGUUUGUGGUGAAGUGUGAAAGAAACAUCUCUAAUCAAGACAAAUGAUAGUUGGCAAAGCUAUAUCCUGAAAGUAAAUAUCUUUUGAACAUGAUGGCACUGCAAAAGGAACAACCCCAAAUGCAACUUGACUCAUUAAGAAAAUAUGGUAAUACAGUGGUAUCCCGAUUUCUCAAACCCGUUAUUUUUCUCGCAACAACUAGAGCCAAAAAUCAUUUCCCUCCCCUCAAUUGAACCCUGUAAUUUUAUCCCCAAUAUUUUGAACUCCCCAAUAUAUCAAAUCAAUUUUUGUUUCCCUUGGAGGUUCAAAAAAUUUGAAAUUCAACUGUAGUAGAUACAAUGUUUAACAAGCUGUACCAAAACUGAUUUGAAGUUUGUUUUACAAUAGAUAACAUGAAAAAAGAAUAUUACCCAGGUCUGAUGUAAUAUUACAGCAGUUCUCAAUUGCACAUGACCUUCAGAGCAAAAUGUCUAAACAAAAGGUUGAGUUUUGGUGGAUGUCAGUCAUCUCUGCCACUUUGCGGAAAGCCUAGGGGCAUGUAUGCACAGCUUGUUUGUCAGGGAACUUGAGAAUGUACUAGUUAUCGGGGCCACCCAAAAUUUAAUAGAGGUAGUCUCGCUUUGUUUUAGAAUAGGCGAUGACAGAUCAGAGUCCAAAAUAGAAAUUGACCACUGAAAAAAAAACAUUAAAACAACCGUUUAUUAUUGUCUUCAUGUGAUUCCAUGUUACCUUAAAGCUUGUUUGUUUUUGAGUAGAUUGAUGUUUCUACUAAACCUCCUGUAAAUUCCCAGUGUUUCCACCACAUUUAAGCAGCCACCUCCCAUUUCCCUGAGGGUGGCCACUAAAUAGGAAUUUGACUGUAUUUUGUGCUCCUUUUUGCACUCGUCUAAAUUGAUUUCAUUCAGUCUUGCUUUAACAUCUUUUUCCCCUUUUCACUGUUGCAGCGUACAGCUGAAGAUUUACUUAAUAUGACAGGUCUUAUGGGCGACCAAAAAAAGGCAAGAUUUGAGAAUGCUCCAUCCAAAGUGAUCCACGUCAGAAAUGUACCAGCAGAUGCUGUCGAUACAGAGUUGCUUGCUUUGGGGCUGACAUUUGGGCGAGUUAAAAAUGUACUGCUCUUGAAGUCCAAGAAACCCCAUGAACCUACCCAGGGUUUCAUUGAAAUGGAAGACAAAGAAACUGCCUCCACGUUUCUAAAUUAUUACUCUCAUGUUACACCAACCAUAAGAGGGCAAGUGGUUUAUGUGCAGUAUUCCAAUCACCCAGAGUUGAAAACAGAACCUUCACAGCAUUCCUCAGGGACGUCUAAAAUCAUUGCUGCCGGCGGAGACUUCAACACUCCAUACUCAGCAGAUGGGCAACAAGCAGCUGUUGCAGCAGCUGUUGCUAAAGGUGUUGGGAAAAGCAAUGUCAUUAGAGCAGUGAUUGACAAGUUGUGGUACCCGAUAACAGUCGAGGUCCUCUAUAAGAUAUUUUCCAGUCUGGGAACAAUUCUAAGAAUUGUCACCUUCACUAAAAGUGGCCAGUUUCAAGCCCUUAUAGAAUUCAGCAGCUCUAGUGAAGCUGAACUGGCAAAAUUGACACUGGAUGGACAAAACAUUUACAAUGGGUGCUGUACAUUGCACCUAGAGUACUCCAAGUUAACUACAUUGACAGUCAAAUACAACAAUGAUAAGAGCAAAGAUUAUACUCGUCCUGACCUUCCAUCAGGUCCAAAUGAAAAUCCUUUUGGCGGAGCUGACAUCGCUAGUUUAGCUGCUCUUGCUGGUGGCGCUGGAGGUGGUGCAAGCUUGAUGGGAGCUCCAGCACUGUUGAGUCUGCUUCCACAAGGAGGGCUGCUACAAGCAAAUUUCCUUGCUGCCACAGGUGCAAGAGGAGGAAUGGGACUAGGGACUCCCGUUGUUCUCGUCAGCAAUUUGAAUGAGGAGAGGAUAAACUGUGACAUGCUUUUCACUCUGUUUGGUGUGUAUGGUGAUGUAGUCCGUGUUAAGAUUUUGUUUAACAAGAAGGACACAGCCCUUAUUCAGUUCAACUAUGUUCAGCAAGCUCAAACAGCUAUUACGCAUUUGAGUGGAGUCAAAGUUUAUGGGAAAGAAAUCAAAGUGACAUCAUCAAAACACAACUCAGUUUCAAUGCCUAAGGAAGGAGAUGAGAACAAUCUAACAAAGGAUUUUACACAUUCACCUCUACAUCGCUUCAAGAAACCUGGAUCCAAGAACUUCCAGAAUAUUUUCCCACCAAACAGAACGCUCCAUGUGUCAAAUAUCCCUGAGAGCACCACAGAAGAAGAGUUGAUAGAUGCUUUUUCUGCGGCAGGAACAGUAACAGAAUUCCGCUUCUUUCCGAAAGACCGUAAGAUGGCUUUGGUGACAUUGACAUCAACAGAGGAGGCGAUUGACGCUCUUGUUAAAAUGCACAACUACAAAAUCACAGAAUCGAAUCAUCUCAGAGUGUCAUUUGCCAAGACAAGGACAUCUUGAGUGUGGCAGACUUCUCGCGACACUUCACUUCUCUUUCUUUCUUCUUAUUCAACUUCGUUUUCUAGUGAAUAGCUUUUGCUUCCUUACCUUAGUUUUAGUCAUGUUGUACUCUUUUGCGUAAUGCUCACUCUUGCUUGCAUUUUCCUCCAAUCAAGUUCAGGAGCAUUCCAACUGUGCAUGUGCAUUUUAUGCCACGCUAAAUUGCAUUCACUUAAUGCACAUAAUUCAUCUUCAGAAUUGUGUUCUUCCAGAAAACUGACUAGCAAUGCUUCAAAAUCCAAUUUCUUCCCCUUUUCACAUUUUCUGCUCCACUUCACAUGUUACAACAUUUUCAAGUAGUUGUAGAUAGAGAAACACCAAAAUAGGAAAAUGAACAAUUACUAGAAAUAUUGAACUUCAUUUUGUAUUAUCACCUUGCCAAUUUGUAUCUGAGGGAAAUGUUCUUUUUUUGUGGAAAGAAAUGUUAAGAAAAAUCUAUCUAUCAGUUUUGUUGAUCUGUGUUUAAAUAACCUGUUUAGGCCUAAUCAGUGGUCUACUUGUAAAUUCGUCUUGUUGGCAUUGGCUUUAGAGAAAACUCUUGACAUAAAGUUCCAAUAAUGAACAAAAUGUACUGACAUGGUCAUGGAGAAAUUAUAUCUUGGUUGCUGUAAAACUGAAAAAGUGUGAGGGUUCUUUUACUGCUUUAUUAUUUAGAAUGAAAGAUAAUGCAGAAACUUGAGUGUGCCUGUAGUUUGUUGCCAAGUCAGGUAGCUAACUAUCACAACAGGCAUUCAGUUAAUGAUUGUGUUAAUUUCAUCAGCUCAUUUGCAAUGGUACUUUAGGAGAAAAGUGAUGAUAGAGUGGUUAUGAUGAGCAUUUCUAAGUGACCAUGCUAUUGUUAAUUGAAAGAAAACCCAUAAUGUGGAUUUUAUUUUAGUUCUGGUGUUUUGACAGUUUCAGUCUCCCAAAGAUUUUCCAGGCAAUGUUACGUCUGAGUUUUAUUUCCAGAUUCUUUGUUCAGGUUAUAAGUUAGGGUUUAAUUGCUUUUUUCCUAGUGUUUCAAAAUUUUGUGAAAUUAUGUGAGGAUGGACACAGGAACAUUUUAAGUAGUUUUCAAGUGACUGCUAAUAAACCAAUCAGAGUCCUUGGCAA